GGCAGCGCAUAUGUGCUGCCCAUGUUUCCAUAUCCCUCGGGCACCCUCCACCUUGGCCAUCUUCGAGUCUACACCAUCUCCGAUGUGCUGGCCAGAUUCAAGCACAUGCAGGGCUACAGGGUUCUGCACCCCAUUGGAUGGGACGCCUUUGGUCUGCCCGCCGAGAAUGCUGCCAUUGAGCGAGGCGUGCAUCCUGAGAAGUGGACGCUGCAAAACAUCGAGGCCAUGAAGGCGCAGAUGAAGGAAAUGGGCGGCCGUUGGGACUGGGACGCUGAAAUACGAACAUGCGACCCUGCCUUCUACAAGCACACUCAGCGCAUCUUCCUUAUGCUGCAUCAAUCCGGACUCGCCUACCAAGCCGAGUCCCUUGUGAACUACGACCCUGUCGACAAGACUGUUCUCGCCAACGAACAAGUAGACGCCAACGGCUGCUCCUGGCGCUCUGGUGCCAAGGUCGACAAGGUCAUGCUCAAGCAAUGGUUCCUGAAGAUUAAAGAAUUCCAGGAACCGCUCUUGAAAGACUUGCAAGUUCUUGCAAAGCACGACAGAUGGCCUGAAAAGGUGCUUGCCAUGCAGAAAAACUGGAUCGGCAAGUCGGAAGGCGCCACGCUGUGGUUUGACAUUGCAUCAACAGGCAGUUCCAUGCGUUUUGAGCCAGUAGACGUAUUUACAACCAGGGCAGACACCUUGUUUGGAGUCCAGUACAUUGCUUUGUCACUGCGUCAUCCUGUCGUACAGCAACUAGCUAUCGAGGACGAGUCGCUUCGCGCGUUCAUGGAACAAGCAAAAGAUUUGCCUCCUGACACCAAAGAAGGGUUCCUACUUCGGGGCAUUGUGGCAAGGAAUCCAUUGGCCCAUGUACGGGGCUGCACCGGACCUUCUGUCCCCGUCUACGUGGCACCCUAUGUCUUGAACGAUUAUGGUUCUGGCGCCGUGAUGGGUGUGCCUGGUCACGAUAUGCGAGACCACGCAUUCUGGCGAGCCAACGCUGGAGAUGAGCCGAUCCGAGUGGUUGUGUCCACCAAGAAGAAUGCUCUCCCACUUCCGCUUCUACCCCGAAGCGGCAAAGAUGAGCCCAUAACCGAAAAAGGGUUCGUUGCUGCCGACAUUGAGCGUUUUGGUGGCAUGGCCUCCAAGCAAGCUGCUGCUGAGGUCGUGCAAGCUAUAGUCAACACUGGGAAACCAGCUUUGAUCACAGCAAACUGGCGACUCCGCGAUUGGCUUAUUAGCCGUCAACGCUACUGGGGCACCCCCAUCCCUAUUAUUCAUUGCGAUUCAUGCGGUGCUGUGCCUGUUCCCGACAAAGAUCUUCCGGUCGAGCUACCAAACUUGCCCGAUAGCUUCUUCGCCGGCCGCAGAGGAAACCCAUUGGAAGAAGACGAAACUUGGAAAAAGACCACUUGCCCGAAAUGCGGCUCCGCAGCCGAACGCGAGACAGAUACCAUGGACACCUUUAUGGACUCAUCAUGGUACUUUUUUAGAUUCCUCGAUCCCAAGAACCCCGAUAUGCUGGUAGACCCAGUCAAGGCCAACAGUGGUAUGCCAGUGGAUUUGUAUGUCGGUGGUGUGGAACACGCCAUUCUGCAUCUCCUGUACGCUCGUUUCAUUUCGAAAUUCCUGGCUACAACCCCGACAUGGCCAAAAGGCUACUUGGCACAUGGUGAGCCAUUUACCCGCCUCAUCACCCAGGGUAUGGUGCAUGGAGAGACUUUUACUGACCCCGAGAACGGCCGCUUCCUACGACCGGAUGAAGUCGACCUGACAACCCCUUCCAAGCCUCUUAUCAAAGCCACUGGCCAAGUGCCAAAUGUCAGCUAUGAAAAAAUGUCCAAGAGCAAGUACAACGGCGUCGAUCCAGGCGCUACAAUUGCCAAGUAUGGCGCAGACGCCACGCGUGCGCACAUGCUCUUCCAAGCACCCGUGAGCGAUGUGCUAGAAUACGACGAGAAGAAGAUCACUGGUGUACAAAGGUGGCUGCAACGGGUUGUAAAGUUAUCAUCUGCUCCCUGGUUACCUGAUGAUGAGGUAGAAAAGUUCACAGUACCCGUCAACAUUGACGACAAUCUGCUCGUAAUCCUGCAGAAGCUCUCUGGGAUGGAAAAUGCAGAGACCGCCUCACGCGAGACGCUGAUUUCCGUACUAAAGCCCGACGAGGCCAAACUAUGGAUCAAAACCCAACAGACCAUCGCCAGUGUCACAGAAUCCUAUUCUCAGACGUACUCACUCAACACCAUCAUCAGCGAUCUGAUGACGCUCACAAACACAAUCUGGGACACGCCUCACGCCUCUAGUCUUACACCUUACUUGAAAUGGCACUCGAUUGCACACCUCAUACGUAUGCUCGCACCUAUCGCUCCGGGUGUAGCAGAGGAAGCAUGGCACCUUCUGAACACAUGCACCGAGUCUCCAGAGGAGAACAAAGGAAACAGCAUCUCAUCCAUCUUCGCCACAGGCUUUCCUCACGCAGACCACGCCAUUAUCCCGCUACUCACCACCACGCGUAACUGUGUAGUCCAAGUCGACGGCAAGCGCAAAUUCGAAGCCGAAAUCCCCAAACUCCCUGCUUCAAUCAACCCCAAGGAUAAUAGAGCCGUGGCGGGCUUUUUGCUGGCGGAGUUGUUCAAUACGCAAGAGGGAAAGGAGUGGUUUUGCAAGGAAACGGGCAAGAUCUGGAAGGCUAGUGCAUCAGAUCAAGGUAGCGAGGAGUUUGGUGGAUUGGUGCCUGAGGGCUGGAGGGUCAUUGCUGUGAAUGGCGGGGCUCUUUGUAAUCUUGUUGGGCCGAAGCGGGGGAAGGAGGAGAAGGAGGGUAGGUAG